ACGACAGCAGCCGGAGAGGUCACUUCCUGCUGGGGUGGAUGAGGAGGAGCCGGCGACGCCGCGGAGGAGACCGGACCGAAGACGGACCUUGCCGGGGAGAGGUGAGUCCUGGCCUCGCCGCCCGACCCCUCCGAUGGACCCCCCCGAGUCUCGGCGGGAUCGGCCUCCCUGGGGUUGGGGAUGCCCAGCGGGCCACGUCCCAACCCAGCUGGCCUCACCCAGGACGUGGGGGGGAGGCUCGGGGGAGGGAGGGCGCCCGGGUGCCUGUGCGGCGAUGGGGGGACCCAGGGCAGCGUUCGUGCCACGGGGCUAGGGAGACCCUACCGGGAAGCCAGCGGAAAAGAGGCUGUGCGGGCCGCGAGCCGAGCCGGGAGCCGCAGCGCCAAACUCUGGGUGCUUCACUCUUCGGGGUGCUUCACUCUUGGGGGGUGGUCGGCGUCCGAGGCAGGGCGCGAGGGGCCUCGGUGGGGUUCGCAGAGCUGGAACGAGUGGCCCUCCUUGGACAGGGGCCUCGGAGUGAAUGUAUGAAACUCUGCAGAGGCGCCUCGGGGCUCCUGGGAGGGGAACCUUUAUGGGGGAGACCGGGGGGGGGGGGGGCGGAUCGGGAGCUGGGGUGUCAGGACAGAGCUCCCUGGUCCAGAUACUGUUGCAUCGGGGUUGGGGCCCGAGUCUCGGAGGUGGAAGGCCAUUGCUGUGGCCGGAUAGAGGCCCUGCGACCCGACGGAGCCACCCCGGAGGAGCCGGAGUCGGAAUCCAGGGCAGCUUCCUGCAGCCGCGGGGAAAUUCGUGUUUUUCCUCCCUCAUUGUCACGGAGAUGGAAGCAGCUGGAGAGGAAGCGCCUGCCUGGGCUCCGAGGCCUUGUGAUUGUGUAUCGUGUGUCUGUGGCUGCGUGUCCCUGUUUUCUUCCUUUGGGGUGCUUAUGUCAUCCUCUUUCCCUCGCCUGACAGACUGAAACUUGCCGGUUUUCUUAAUGUGUAUGGCGUGGGGGGGAGAAUUCAAAGGAUCUAGAGGAAUCCUGGGUUGGGUGAGAUUUCCAAGACUGGGAAUUGGUCCCCACGCCACCCUGAGGCCAUGGAGGCACCUCCAUUUCCUCCAGGCUCCCGCGGAGUUUCACCCUCCCCUUCUUUUUGCGAAAGGAUUGACUGAUACAAAGCUACGUGCUGCCAGGAACAGGAAAUGCAUGGAGGUGCUGGGAAUCUGGAUGGAGUGAAUUCAGAUCACACUAAGACUCCCUCCACCUUUUGGACAAAGGCUCUCAGAAAUGCUUGUGUUCCCCCCCCCCCCCCCCCCCCCCCGCUUU